GCGCUGCUCCCGGUCAUAUGACGAAGGGCUCGUCCGGAGCGAACAGAGCUCAGGUGGAAGUCGGUCCGCCUGUUCACGGUCUGUAGGUUACCAUGUCUGUGGUGAAGCUGGAGGAGUGUCGAGAGCGGAUUCGUAGAGAACUGGACAAAGCAGUGGACUUCUGGCUCAAAUACUCUCAUGACAAGAUACACGGAGGCUUCUUCACGUGUAUCGGGAAGGAUGGGACGGUUUAUGAUGAGCUGAAGUACGUCUGGCUGCAGGGCAGACAGGUGUGGAUGUAUUGCCGCCUGUACCGAACCAUGGAGCGCUUCCGCAAGCCUGAAAUCCUGGAAGCAGCAAAAGCUGGAGGAGCAUUCCUGAGAAAGUUUGCUCGUGUCCCCGGCAGCAGCAGUGGCCAGUGGAAGUGCGCCUUCUGCUUAACAAGAGAUGGUAAAGCAAUCAAAAUUCAGAGGACUGUAUUCAGUGAGUGUUUCUACAUCAUGGCCAUGGAUGAACUGAGCAGGGUAACUGGUGACAAGGACAUGCAGCUGGAGGCUGAGCAGAUGAUGGAGCAGUUGAUCUACUGGGUUCGUGUGGACUCAUCAGGCCUGGGCCGACCACAGCUUCCCGGGGACGUUCCCACCAACAGCAUGGCGGUCCCCAUGAUGCUGCUGUGUCUGGUGCAACAGCUAACUGAUGGCCGUGGUCAGGAUGUAGCUCAGAAGUACGGAGAGCUGGCCAGCUGGUGUGUACAGCAGAUUCUACAACACAUCCAGAGAGACGGCACAGCUAUCCUGGAGAACGUGUCACUGGAGGGGGCGGAGCUGCCUGGUUGCCAGGGCAGACUGCAGAACCCAGGCCAUGCCCUGGAAGCGGGCUGGUUCCUGCUUCAGGUCAGCGCAGAGCGGGGGGACGAGGAGCUCCAGAAGACCGCCAUCAACAAGUUUUUGGAGCUACCUUAUCAGUACGGCUGGGACAAAGAGCACGGCGGCCUCUUCUACUUCCUGGAUGUGGAUGGUCACUGCCCCACACAGUUGGAGUGGAAUAUGAAGCUGUGGUGGCCCCACUGUGAGGCUCUCAUCGCCUUCCUGAUGGGCUACACUCAAACCAAGAAGCCAGAGCUGCUGGAGAGAUUCUUUGAAGUUUACGAGUACACCUUGAACCACUUUCCUGAUGCUAAGAGUGGCGAGUGGUUUGGCUAUUUGACACAAGAAGGGAAAGUGGCCCUGGAUUUUAAGGGAGGCCCCUUUAAAGGGUUCUUCCAUGUGCCUCGCUGCCUGUACAUGUGCGAGCGUAUGCUGGAUGACCUUCUGGCGAACAAGGACUGAGCGUUCUGAAAUGACGGGAUUGAAUCUGAUUUGCGUUUGCUAUAUUAAACCACAAUAAUCAAGAAAACUGAAAAACAUGUCAAAUAAUGUAAGAUACGUUUCUUUGUCACACUACACCCGUCUGACUCCUUGUUUUAAGUGACUGAGAAGAAAUCCCACCAUUGAGUAUGUCGUUUUAACAUUCCCCCCUACCUAAUUUUAUGAGCUGCUGAGUGACUGAAGUGUCCAACUCAUGGGAGAUGACGAUCCAGGAUAGCUCAUACCUCUUCUGUGGACGGUGAGGAGAAACCCGCGCAGACACAGGGAGAGAUAACAAACUCCUCACACAAGAACUGGAUGGAGUUCAGGACCUUUCUCGCUGUAAACCACUGAGCCAAAGCUCCUCCCUCAUCAUAGAUACUAAAACAUUUACACCAAAUCAUUUAUAGGGAACUGUGCCUUCUACAUUCACACUAACCUUCUGAGCCAGCUUUCAAUACUUUAAUAAGAGGCAUAUAUCUUUAUAUCCUAUUAAUUUCAGUUCAUAAACUUAUUGUAGCAACUGUGCUACAACGCAUGCCCAUGGCUAAUCCAACAUACCAUAAUGUAUGUUAGUGACUGAUUUAAGCUACAGUAGUUUAGUGCUAGUUACAUGCUUCUAAUCUGUUCAAAAGUAAUAUAAAGCAUUGUUUAUUGAAACAUAGUAAUUUGACAUAAUAAAUGUCGUCAAUGCAAAUCAUUUUUUCAACUAUCUCAUUUGUAAUGAUAGUUAAUCAUGUGUCAUGUUUCAGAUAUGAUGGGUUGAUUGAUGGACAAUUUGUGAAGGUAGCGUUCUAGAAUUUGUAAAGAAACUAUCGACAAUAAAAUAUAUAGUA